GCGGGGCGGGCGGGGCGGGGCAGCCCGGUCCGGUCGAGGGAUACGGCGCUGCCGGAAUAAGAGGCUACAGGAGCGCGGCGGAGCGGAGGGCUCUGGAGGCUCGGGGGAGCCGGCGGGCUGCGGCCCCAUGGACAAGUACAAAGCUCUUGAGCAGCUGCUCACAGAACUGGAAGAUUUUCUGCAGAUCCUGGACAAGGAGAGCUUGAGCAGCACUGCCGUCCUGAAGAAGAGCUUCCUCUCUGACCUCCUGCGGGUCUACACCAAGUCCACUGGUACAGGUGGCGAUGAGGAAUAUAUUUAUAUGAACAAAGUGACCAUCCAUAAACAGCAGGGUGACCAGGAGAAGCAAGAUAAAGCUUUGGAUCGGAGGAACUCCUUGACCAAUGGAGACUUGGGACUGCAUUCAUCCCCUCCUCAGAAGAGCCUGCCGGACCUCCCCCCUCCAAAGAUUCCUGAAACAAAACAACCUCCGGUGCCCAAGAUUGAAUCCCCAGAGGGAUACUACGAGGAGGCUGAACCAUACGAUGUCUCUGUAAAUGGUCUUUUUGGUAGGCUUGCUGCGGCUGGACCCAGGCCAGGGUUGCAGGUUACUGAGGGCGUUAUUUAUGCCACAAUAACGAUGGAAGAUGGUGAAGCCGUUAGUAGCUCCUAUGAAUCUUACGAUGAAGAAGAGAGCAGUAAAGGCAAGUCUGCAACCCACCAAUGGCCAUCCACGGAGGCCACCAUUGAGCUGAUGAAGGAUGCCCGCAUCUGUGCAUUCCUGUGGAGGAAGAAGUGGCUAGGACAGUGGGCAAAACAGCUGUGUGUUAUCAAGGACACCAGGCUGCUGUGCUACAAGAGCUCCAAAGACCACAGUCCUCAGCUGGAUGUGAAUUUGCUGGGCUGCACUGUCAUUCACAAGGAAAAGCAAGUGAGGAAGAAAGAACACAAGCUGAAGAUCAUCCCUAUGAAUGCAGACGUCAUUGUGCUGGGGCUGCAGAGUAAAGACCAGGCAGAGCAGUGGCUCAGGGUAAUCCAGGAGACCAGUGGUCUGCUGUGUGAAGGAGGCAGCGAAGGCAACCAGUACAUCCCAGAUUCACAGAGGCUCUGUUACCCAAAGGUGGAGGUGUCUGAGAGGUACUCUGCAGCCUCCGAGAGUGGGAGCAGCACCGACGGACACCCGGAGACAGCAGAGACAAAAGAUGUUAAAAAGAAGGGCACAUCUGGACUGAAACUGAGCAACCUCAUGAACCUUGGGAGGAAGAAAUCCAGCUCCCUGGAUAGCCCAGAGAGAUCCCUGGAGACUUCAAGUUACCUGAAUGUGCUAGUGAACAGCCAGUGGAAGUCCCGUUGGUGCCAGAUAAAAGAUGGUCACCUCCAUUUCUACCAGGACAAGAACCGGAGCAAAUUGGCUCAGCAGCCCCUGAGCCUGGCAGGUUGUGAAAUUAUCCCAGAGCCAAGCCCUGAUCAUCUCUACUCCUUCCGCAUCCUGCACAACGGGGAAGAGCGGGUCAUUCUGGAGGCCAAGUCCUCGGAGGAAAUGGGUCACUGGCUGGGCCUCCUCUUGUCGGAGUCAGGUUCGAAAACAGACCCAGAGGAAUUCACCUAUGAUUACGUGGAUGCUGACAGGGUUUCCUGCAUCGUGAGCGCCGCGAAGAACUCCUUCUUCUUAAUGCAGAGGAAGUACUCUGAGCCCAAUGCCUAUAUCGACAACCUGCCGAAGGGCAAGGUGCAGCAGGAGGAGCUGUACGACGAUGUGGAUCUGCCAGACCUGCCUGUGGAAGAAGUACCCAAGAAUGAGAGCAAAGCGGAGGGGGACCAGGACAGAGUAUACCUGGAUCUCACCCCAGUGAAGUCCUUCCUUCACUGUGCUGGCAAGAUGUCAUGCCAGCCUUCACCCCUCAGUUCACCGUCUCUAGAAAGGGCUGCCAACAAGGCUGCAGCAGAGAGCACAGCAGAGCCAGCCCCUGUGCCUAAGGAAGCCGAGCCCUGUAUUAAGGAGAUGGAGACCUCGGAGCAGAAACAGCCAGAGAAGCCAGAGCCCGAUGAGGCGCUGCCACGGAUGCCCACUGUUAAGAUCCAGACGCAGCAGCAGAACAUCGCCUUCCCCCAGCCAGCCCUCGAGGUGCCGCUGGGCACAGGGACAGCGGGCAGCCCUCAGCUGGUACCCACACACCGGCCCAAGAUGCCGCUGCCAGCAUCAGCAGUGGAAACCAAGCUGGGCAAGAACAGGACAGAAGCGGAGGUGAAGCGGUUUACAGAGGAGAAGGAGCGGCUGGAGAAGGAGAAGGAUGAAAUCCGGUUUCAACUCACCCAGCUGCGCAAGGAGAGGCGAGAGCUGAAGGAAAUGCUUGGGGGUAACACAGACAAGAGCCUGGAGCAGCGGCUGAAGGAGAUAGAAGAAGAAUGCAAAAGGAAGGAGAGCCGGAGGGUGGACCUGGAGCUGAGCCUGGUGGAAGUGAAGGAGAACCUGAAGAAGGCUGAGUCCGGCCCUGUGACGUUGGGCACUGCGGUGGAUACCACACACCUGGAGAACGCAGCCCCACGGAUUCAGGCAAAAUGUGCCAGUCCAACCAACAGCGCAGACAACUCACCAGUCAAUUCAGCAACAGCCUUAAAAAACAGGCCUUUAUCCGUCAUGGUGACAGGGAAGGGAACAGUCCUACAGAAAGCUAAGGAAUGGGAGAAGAAGGGAACUAGUUAGAAGCACAUCUUUUUAGAUGGACUAAAGACUGGAAUUGCCCAUUCCUGGCCAAGGGGAUUCAAUCAUCUUUAGGUGGAGGUUGAGUUGUGCAACACAACCACAUACCAAGCGCCUCCUCCACGUCACACCAACUGCUCAACGCAGCAACGGAGCCAACUGCUGCCAAUAUGAGUUAUCCCAAAUGAUCUUGCUCUUUCCAGACAAGUCCCAAUCACGUAGCUAAAUCAAUAACAACCAGUGGCAAUCCUUGCAUCAAGUUCCUAACCCAGUUGAUGUAUACAAGAAUGUUACUGUACAUAGAGGUGUUCUGUGUAUUUCUACUCUGAAGGUUUAUCAAUGAGUCAUUAAGGUUUCUAUAUUAGUGGCAGUAGUGGGUUCAGAAGGGGCCUCUGCUAGUCUUUAUACCCCGGUGGUUUUCAACCUGUUGUGACAAACUGCAGUCAGCUAAAGUCUCCUGUCUUGCUGCCAGUCAUCACUCAGCUGCUUUUCAUCUAGCCUUCGGUCAUUGGCAAUACCCACACCUGAGUGAUGCUCCAGACAUGAAUGAGAGGCACACAGCAGCCUGUCCAGGGGAUUUCUAAGUGGUGUCCUGAUUCACCCCAGCAUGUGUUCACUGCUACCAGCCUGCUCCAGCUUUGCCAGAGUGUCAAGGAAGAUCCCUGUUCACCUUCUUGUUCUGUAAGAUAUGGUACAGACUGGUGGCACCAAGAGCUCUGGGCAAUGGAUAUCUGCAAGCAGAUUCAGUUAAUUCUCUUUCACCUGAGGAGUUUGUUCUGGAAAAGAAAUCCUAUUUGAAGGUUUGUUAAUAAUUCACCAAAGGCCCAGGCCUGCUCAGCUGUUGUAUGGGAAGCUGGAUCCCAGUGUGUCUAUCUCUCAGGGCUUGCCCUUUCCCAGGGGAGGGGAGGUAAAGCAGUCCCCAUGUUCCUGCCCCAUCUAUGAGCACCACUCUGCUGAUGCUCUCUGGUCUCCACAGAGCCACAGACAUACAAUCUGCUUUUGAAGACACAGGGAUGCCUUCAGGAGCCCCUCCACGCAGGCAGGGCUGACCAGCCUGGCCUAUUUGGCUCCAGGGGUGGGCUGCUGGCCAUAUUGGUGCUGUCACCCUGAUUUCCAGCUUAUUUAACUUAAUAUAC